UAUUCUCGUGCUGUUCUAGAUGCUUCUUUUUACCUCGUUGCAUCUUACAUAAGCAGAAUGCAAAAUUCUUUGAACGAGAGUACUUUUAAAUCGUGCAACCACGUCAAUAGCGCCUAUUACGGCUUUACUGUUGACUGUAAACAGAGCGCAUCGAUUGAGUCAUAGAAUCUGUGGUUAAUGUUAACGAUAAUUAUAAGAACGAUUGUAAUCGUUCAACCGCAACGGUAGUAUUAGCGAAAUCAAUGAACGUUGAUUUUUUAAUGUAUGCAAACUCCUUUCCGCUUAUUUCUAGACAACCUUUUUUGGACACCGGACAAGGCACACAGAUAUUAAGAUAUGAUAUUUUGAUUAUGUCCACGGAUGAAUCACUUCACACGCACGCGAUAUAAUGUUAUUCACUUGGAACCUUGCAUUUGCAUAUUAACGACCUCGAAUGUUAAGAACUGGUCUCUGAAAAUGCACCUCCUUUCCAGAUACAGUUUUCACGAUAACCCAUUUUAGGAUACGCGACGCAAAUCUUAUUAAUUAUUUCACUUUACCUUGCUACAGGGUUAUGUUACUAUUUUACUAUUUCAUUAUGCAAUUGCACUAUCUUGCUAACCGAUCAUGUAACUAGUGUUACUAUCUUUCACUUGUUCGUUUAAUUCAAUCGUAGAUCAGGUUCUACUAGAUUACAUAAUGGCGUCUUGUGAUUGAAACACUAUUCUACUAGUUUCAAUGAUAACCAUGCAAAAAGUUAUUUACCAUAUAUGUAACAUAUCGUGAUUCAUGUUUGUAGGACGCCUUAUUAGGAUUCACAUCUUUUGAAUAUAUUGACGAAUCUGUUAGAAUAUUGCGAGAUGACCUGCUGACCAAUUUCGUCGAAUCAUGUCCUCGAUUCUUGUGACCACAUCCCUUACAAGCAUUGUCCCUGAUUGGAUCGUUGUCCUUCCCGCGACAAAGGGAUCCUACAGCCUUAUAGAGGUAUCUGAAUAUUUUAACUGAAGGGAUAUUCUGUCAACUGUACACCUAGAGAAUACAAGAAAAUAACCUAUAAAAAAAUGGAAGCUUAGAAAAUCUAUAGAGUACCAGAACUUUGGGACACUUAAAGAACUUUGUAAAGUGUGAACCUUAGGAGAUGUAUAGAAACCCAGAAGCACUUUGAGGCACUUAAAGAACUUUUUAAAGUUUAUGAAACUUUAGGAAAUCUAGUAGAUUAUAAGAACUUUUGUCAAGCCACCCGAGGGACGUAGGUGUUAAUCUAUAAUCUGGCAAUCCGUAUCGCAGAUUGCCCAUAGAAAGAAAGUAUCAAUCCCUGCAGGAUUCCAGCUUGAUCUCAUCACUGCCGAUAGUUCGGCCGUGCUUCGUGCUGCUCCGGCGAUCUUCGUCUCCCACUGGGAGCCCGAUGCUGGCGGAUCAGUCAGAAAGCGCUCGACGGACGGACAGUAUCGUGUGCGCUGGCCACGACAGCAUGCGCGGGAAUUUUGUUUGUCGCUCGUUCCACGAUCGUUCACGCGACUUGUUUGUCACUCGACGGUGACAAUAAUCAAUUAAUACCUGGUGCACGUUCAAGUUCUGUAGAAGCGAAAGAACACGAAGUCGUUUGAUCCAUUGAAGGAUUUAAGAUCAGCGUCGAUACAGAAUCAGCCAGAACGGGGAGAGCCCGUGCGUAAUUCCAACCGCAAGGACGCGAGUGUUCAAUGGCGUAGGCUGACACUUUUCCCUCUACUGUGCAAUUUUCACGAAUGUUCUAAACCACAUGGAAUUUGAACCAUAUUCCUUAGGUGUAAACUUUUGUCAAUUACAAGUGGACCUUUUGCCUUUGAUCCUGGACACCUUCCUACAGCAAAGCCUUUACCUUUUUAAAGUGUGAACCUUAGAUGGAACUUGCUAGUGAAAAGGGUUCUGCAGUAAAAUUCGUGAGCCGCUUCCUGAACCUCUGAGGACUCAAGCAUGAUCGAAUGAUGGAGGUGAUUUCGACACGCCGGUACGAGGCUCGUCCACCGAUUAUCAUUGACCCUGAGAAUUCUGUGGCUUUGGUCAAAGAAGAGGAAUGGGAGACUCGCAAGAAGAAGGAAAUAACUACCACCCGGCAAAUAGAGACCAGAGUCAAGCGGCAGGUUGUGCUCGAGGACGGAGAGGUUGUGGUAGACUCGGGUCCUUUGGUCACCACCAAUACCACCGAGGAUGUCGAGCAACAAGAACACACCACUCAAGAAAGACGAACAACCGGCGACCAGCCGCAGGAGGUUGAAUGGCCAACAGGUGGAAGGAGUUCCGCGGAUGGCGGUAGCAUAGUCCAAAAGGAAUUAAACGAGACAGUGGUGAGGAGUCGCGAGGAGAUCGAGGAGCGACUGGAAACGGAGGAUCGUCAACAGCUGGGAGAUAUCUCAGACGAGGCGUAUCAGAAAGCGGUGCGAAACAACCGGGGUGAUCUCAGAGUGGCUCUUGCCGAGUCAUCCAAGCAACUGGCGUCGCAAACAGGUCCCAGGGUUGUGCAGCACACGACCAAAUCGAACAAGGUUAUCGACACGGAGAAAACUUUGGAGAGGAAGGAACUCAAGCCUGAUGGACUGAUCGUCACGGAGAGGAAACGGACUGUCGAGCACGAGGAGAUAAAGGACGACGAGGUGCCCGACGAUGGAAAGGAUGUAGAUAACGAGUCGGAGAUCAGAAAGGAGAGUUCUCAGAGGUUUGUCAAGAAAAGGGACGAGGAUAUAGUGGAUUACAUCUCUGGCGGCGAAAGAGUUGGUCGAGAAAUGCGCUACGUCGCGGAGACAACCGAGGGAGAACGAAUCGGCGACUGGACACCAUCACCGACGGCCAUGAGAACUACUCGCUUCCACAAGCAUUCUGGUUUUCCAGGAGAAAACUUUUUAGCCCGUAAGGACGUGUUAACGAAGAAGCCAUUGGACUUCGAGGAGGAAGACGAGGCGAGAAAGUUUGAGACGUCUAAGUGGUUGGAGAGCCACUUCGGCAGCGAAUCGCGUUCCUCUCAUGGUUCCAUCGACGCUGACGACUCUCCUAUUCCGACCAGCACCAACACGAGCUACAUUAACGUUACCAUGAAGUCUUGUACGCCCAAGGAGCGUGAUUAUCAGAAUGCUAAUAGGCGACGUACCGGGCGAGACUCGACGUCUCCUUCUGGGUAUUUUCACGGGAUAAGUGAUUGGUCUGAACGAUAUCAAGGAAGAGAGAGGCAGAAUCAGGUGGGAAGUUCACCGUCGUACGUCGAGACGGUUCAUACGAACGGACAUGAUCAUACAAGGAAUCAAGUCGAGUCGACGUACUCGAAGACAUACGAGUCCGUCCGUCGCGAACACCAGGAAUCGUUUCACGAACGACAGCGUGUACCGUCGCCACCUGUUCGACGGAAGUCCAAGGAGCAGUGGACCAGGGAAGAGAGGACGAGUCUAAACGAUUCGCCAGCCAGAACCUCGAGUCCUGUUCACGUUGUGCAGAGAACCUGGGAGAACCGUAACCGAGAUGUCCACGGAUCCGUCAAACGAGAGGAUCGUAAGAAGUCCAGAUCACGAUCAGCUUCACCGGCAGAGCCUAAUCCACCCAGUGGUAAAAAAUCGAGCGAGAAAUUGAACGAGACGCCCGUUCGUUCUACAAAGAGUUCAGGACAUUCCAAAUACAAGAUUGGCGAGUCGUUCAGAAAACUGGUGGGGAAACUGCGCUCAGCCAGCAGCGAAAGGAAGAACAAGCGCGCCAGUAGCAGCUCUACCUCUCAACUGACCCAGACGGACGACAACGGACCGACUUACAUGCAGUACAACGUGAUCGACAAGAACAUUCCGUUGGUGCACGAGACCGAGGAGAAGCCUCCGGAGAGGCCUCCCAGAUCUCCUAAAAAUGCCAACGGCAAGGUCACGAAAGUGGUCAGAACGAGCGACGCGGUUCAAGAGCAGUGGCAACGCAGCGAAUCGACGCCGCCUGUGCAUAGGUAUUAUCUGGGUGAAGAUCCUUUCGGCGGAAGUAUCUACGGACGCGAGAAAGGGUACCGUGACGCGAGAAGAUCGGGCAAGCCACGGGGUAGGACUAGCGGCGAGACCGAGUACAGCGUCGUGUCCAGUUCCCUCGGCAGGUUUAGCAAGUCCACUAGUCGGCUGGCCAAUGAUCACGAGAGAGAGGACCACUUCAGGACCACGCAAACCUUACCGAGGAAUCUGCACUCCGGUGGACAUGCCCGAACGCAGGCCCACUCCUCGCGACGACCGGCUGCUCCCAGCGGAGUUAAACCAACGAUACAUUCCACUGCUCCGGCCAACCAGUCUCGCCAGUACGGAAGCAUGAUCAAUAUUUCUAUAAGGAACACGAUCACACCUCCGAAGUUCACCGUGCAGAACAAUGUUCAACCUCCUGCUAAGCCGGAAAGGACCUACAAGUCGUCCUUGUCGCGUAGCAAAAGCUUCAACGUGGAAGCGGCUAGAAAUGGCGCGGACACGCCUCCACCGCGGAUACCUUAUACCUCUAACUUGCAACUGAACCGCUUAGAUGAAACGCCGCCUCUUAAGAGUCCGGGUAUCUUGGCCAGUAUAAGUCGUAGCAACAGGGAUUUACUGAAGGACACUAGACGCGAGUAUUAGGCAAUCGACAUAGAAAGUUGCUA